UCGCGGGCGCGGGUCGGAGCCGGUUGGUGGCGGGGUCGGCCCGACCCGCCCGGCUGGCGGCCCUGGAGAGCCCGCGAGCCCAGGCCCUUCCUGGGCACCGUGUGUGCCACCGACCCGCCGGCUGCCGAGAACCCGGUAGUGUGCGCGACCCGCCGGCGCCUGGUUCCGGGUGUCGGCCUCGCGGCGGGGACUGGGCCGGCGGCUCUGCGAACUCCUUUGCGUCAAGUCGCCGUGUCCAAGAGCCCUCCUUGGGGCCCGGUGUGAAUCGUGCCGUGGGCCUGAGUACUUCCUCGGUUGCCGUGCGUGCCGGCGCGCGCGGUGUUUGCUUGCCAGCGGCUCUCAACACCAAGUGCUAGAGCGCGCGUUGAAGCGUCCCGAGCGGCGGACCCCCGGGCCCUGGCCAGGAAUGACCCCCGAGCAGGAAACCGGUAGUAGACCCUGUGUGUUGCCAGGGAUCACUCUGGCAGGCCUCUAGGGACCAUAUGGGGUUCCAGGAAUUGAACCUGCAAUGUGCAAGGAUUUCUCUCUGAUCAAGCAGACAGUUCAGGAUGCAGAGCCCAAGGAUGAACGUUCACCGUGGCUGCGAGAGUGACAGGUUAUUGCGGCAGGAGGCUGGCUGCCUAAUGGAUGAAAGCCUAGUUGCAGUUCAAGAAAAAGAAACAAAUAGUGUGGUUUCUUCUGGUCUUCAGAACCACACUUACCCCGUGUGUCCCAGGACUGAUGACCUUCCACUGGACUAUGUCUGCCCGUCAGCAAACCUCCAGUUCCCUCACAUCAUGCCGCUUCCUGAAGAUAUCCAAAGUUCUUGCUUCCAGAGUGGGGCUAAACGGAACCAUGAGCCCUUUAUUGCUCCUGAACGAUUUGGGAACAGCACUGUGAGCUUCAGCAGUAACACUCAUUCCCAGGCGCCAGAGAAAGUGACACUUCUUGUGGACGGUACACGGUUUGUGGUGAAUCCACACAUUUUCACUGCUCAUCCGGAUACCAUGUUAGGAAGGAUGUUUGGACCAGGAAGAGAAUAUAAUUUCACCAGGCCCAAUGAAAAGGGAGAGUAUGAGAUUGCCGAAGGAAUCAGCGCAACCGUAUUCCGAACUGUGCUGGACUAUUAUAAAACUGGUAUUAUCAAUUGUCCUGAUGGCAUCUCUAUCCCCGACCUGAGAGAUACAUGUGAUUACCUCUGCAUUAACUUUGACUUCAACACUAUCCGGUGUCAAGAUCUGAGUGCUCUGCUGCAUGAACUGUCAAAUGAUGGUGCUCACAAGCAGUUUGAUCACUACCUCGAGGAGCUCAUCCUGCCCAUCAUGGUGGGCUGUGCCAAGAAAGGGGAGCGAGAGUGCCACAUUGUUGUGCUAACGGAUGAGGAUUCCGUGGACUGGGAUGAAGACCACCCCCCACCCAUGGGCGAAGAAUAUUCCCAAAUUCUAUAUAGCUCAAAGCUCUACAGAUUCUUCAAGUACAUUGAAAAUCGAGAUGUCGCUAAAACAGUGUUAAAGGAACGGGGCCUAAAAAACAUUCGCAUUGGAAUUGAAGGUUACCCUACCUGUAAAGAAAAAAUUAAGAGGCGACCUGGUGGCCGAUCUGAAGUAAUCUAUAACUAUGUGCAGCGCCCCUUUAUCCAGAUGUCAUGGGAAAAGGAAGAAGGAAAGAGUCGUCAUGUGGAUUUCCAGUGUGUUCGGAGCAAAUCACUCACUAAUCUGGUGGCUGCCGGAGAGGAUGUCUUGGAAGACCAGGAGAUAUUAAUGCACCACCCACCACAGGUGGAUGAACUUGACCGACUCAAUGCCCCGCUUUCUCAGAUGGCUUCCAGUGACUUUCAGGAUUAGGGCCAGCUCUUGGCCCGCCCUUCUUUGGAGCUUUUCUCUGUUUGGGAUGCUCAGAGCUACCCCUCACCCUGGUUUGUCUCCCCCAUCCUUUCCCUUUCUCCCACAAUUUAUGUGUGUCCUUUCCAGAAAGUCUGUGCCUCUGGUGCGGGGGAUGGAAAAGCACUCAUUGGUAACUGAACUACCAGCUUUGUACCAACUUGAAAUUGGGGGAUUGGUGCUGUUCAGAGUCUGCAAAACUGCAGAAGCAGGAAAGGAAGUCAAGACUCCUGUUGCCUCAUAGAGCUGUCCUCACUCUUGAAAUUCUGUCCUUGGGUUUUUUGUGUUUUGUUUUAUACCAGGCAAAUGACUUGGCAGUAAAGGGACCAAACAAAAGGAGACAAUCUCUAGCUCUACAAGCAGGAUGUUCACUAGGUAUUAAAGAAAACGCCUCUGCAUUGAGUUGGCAUCUGGAAAGAACAGGCCUCAUUCAAUGUGUCCAAGAGAAAUUUUUAACAGCUUAAAUUUGGUUUUGUUUUUUAUAAUUCAAUGAACAAUCCAAAGCCAUAGAUUCUUUGAAUGUUUAUGAAACUUAUGAUUUAGUUUGUUCUUCAGCCCAAACAGAUGGUUUGAAAUGAAAGUACCUCUCAGAUUAGGCGACUUUGCUGUCUGAAGUCACAGGUCUGCUCUCCAGCAUAGCACUUGGCUCGUUGUGGUUUGGAGGUCUUUAGGAUGGAUAUCUAAAGGCUUUCAAGAUCUGGGUAGAAAUUUCUCAUACAUGCUCAGUUUUUCAAUAGUUUAUAACUAUAAGGGAAGGAAGCAUUUGGGGGUGAAACUGGAAGAGAAACAUCACCUAGCCUGGCUUUAUCCUGGUACAUUUUUUUCAUACUAUGGAGUUUGAAGCACCAGUAUACUUUAGUUUUUAAAGUAGUCCACUGCUCAGUCACUGGCUAAGAAAUAUUGUCAUCCUCAAAGGAUGGAUGAGCUAAAGGGACUUGGGCCUAGUAAUUUGGAUGUCAGCUGUUAGUCAUACAUGCUAUAUGACAAGUCCCACCCGCACCCCCUUGGACUAAACUAUCUUCCCUUGAUGUUUCCAUGGCUGAUAACAGUAGAGCUUAAAGUCUAAAACUGGAAGUAUAUGUAUUGAGAAUAUCUCCCAGUGUGAAAGUUAGCCUUCCAAACUUUCAUUCAACACAAAUGGUGACAAGAUGUUCCCUCAGGAAAACAAUUUUCUUAAAUUCCAUUCCCAAGAGAUAAAGGGCAUGGUAGUUGAUUCCAUUUUAUGACUGCUCUGGUCAGAGUCUUUCAAAGAGAAAGUCAAAUGAACUGCUCUUUCCUGACUUUGAAGAGUUAUUUGCAUUUGCCUACAAUAUUCCUUACUCAGAAAAGUGUUUAGGGGGUUAAAUUGAGUCACCUCCACCUAAAAUUCUGAUUACCACUGGCACACUUUUGCAAGGCUGAUGGCCAGGGUUUAGAUGUAAGGUCAAGGUCAUUUUCUGUAGCCAGUGGGUUUUGGGAUUUUUGUUUUUUAUGUGAAACCUAUAAUAGAGAUCAGGUUUGGCUUUCGCCUUACCCACCUUAGUUGGCCAUCCCAAAUAACUGUUUGGUGCUUUAUUUAUACUUUCUAUUUUCAUGCCACCACCAAGGAAGCUUAAAUGGACUGUGUAAUAUGCGUUAAUAUAACUUAUGUACUACUAAGUAAGUGUAAACAAGUGUAAACUAACACACUAAUCAGUCCUUUAAAAAAGUAAAAACCCAGAUAUGGAAUUAUGGCAUGAACUUGUACUAUGUUGUGUAAAUGAUUCAUUUCUUUGGGCUCUCAAAACUAGGUCAACCUCAUAGUGCUCCAGUGUCCUACAUAACAUACUCAAAUUGAGCUGGUGUGCUUUGAGCUCCAACCUUUUGGGUGUGAGUGAGCUAGAAAGCUCUAGAGGGGGAUUUGCCAGUGUCACCAGGUACUGGUGACCGAGAGAAGAGGGGGCCCACAGGUUUCUUUUGCACCCAACUGCCUUCCCAUCUGAGCCCAGCAUCACUUUGAUGGCUCCCCUCCAGCUGUUGUUUCCAGCGCCUGAACAUUCCAUGGGGGCAAACCUCUCUUUUGUCCCCGUAUGGACAAUGGCAGUUCCCUUCAGUCACAGGUCUGUUCCUAAUUCAAAAGGUGGAACUAAGGUUUGGUGGUUUUUUUUUUAAGUGCCUAAAUAAGAAAGCCAGACUGUUUAUAAGAAGUAUUUUCAUAAAAAAAAAAAAAAGGAUUUUAAUUUUACAUAGAAUGUCUUACUCAGUGGCCUUUCAGCAAGCAAAGAUGAACCUGAGUUUGUGUCUGCAUCAUACCAUGUAGUUGAUUCAGAAACAUCUGCCACUGAAAAGCUGGAGUGGGCUGAGAUAGUGUUAGAGUACGCUGACUGAUUAAAGUCUUUUCCAAAAUGAAGAAACAGGUAAAAUGGCAGGGAAUCUAAGCUGGCUUGCUGAGCAGUAUACAGCAGGCUACAUUAAAUUCAAUUUCAAGAGAACGGUGUGAUAUCUAGGAUGGUCUAUGACAGUACUGUGGGGUAAGCCCAGGAAAGAUACUUUAUUUGCAAAGAGCAUUCCUGUGGGUCCCUCUGUCAGUAAAAGCAGUCAACACAGACCUUUAAAAACUCAAACUGUCAAAAAGUAUAAUGUGGCGCCUUACUUAAUCAGUAGUAAAAAGAAGAAUUGGGGUUUAAUAAUUUACUCAAUGCCACUUCUUGCCAUCGUUUAAAAAUUGUUAAAAUGGGCACAGUGAGUUCCAGCAACAAACCUGAUAACCUGCAUGGGAAGACGGAGCCACAUUCGUCCUCCGGGCAGGAUCACCACAGCAGAAGAUUAUUUCCUCUAAGGCAAAAUGCUUCUAAGUUUUGCCCUUUUACUUUGUAUUUUUAUUGCACGUGCUCACCUGCCAGUGUUUACGAAAUUCUCUAUUUGGGAUGCCUUUUCUAAAAUAAAAUACUACCAUUUGUGUGUC